GUACUGAUGCGAAGUUAACAAGCUCACAGCUGGAAGACGCAAAUAUUUCCUUCAUAGUCCGAUUGAAUAAUAUCAUUGCGUUUGAUUUUAAAAGAUCUGCUAAAAAUAAUAUCUUAAAAGGACAGAAUGGCGGCAGACUGGUUGGGAAGUUUAGUAUCAAUAAACUGUGGUACAACUCUGGGAGUGUACCAAGGAGAAGUUUCAUCUGUGGAUCAGACCAGCCAGACCAUCUCUCUUAAACAGCCUUUCCACAAUGGUGUCAAGUGUCCUGUACCUGAAGUCACUUUCAGUGCUAUGGACAUUAAGGACCUAAAGAUUUUGGACAUCCAGAAUGGCCAAGAUGGUUGGAGUGGCAGGGGGGGAGGUCAGACCAACAGUGUUCUCAUCGCAGUCCCACUCAAAGGUGACCCCAGGACCCAGGAAAGGCUGAUCUCGCCCCAGCAGAACUGCUCUAAAAGCUAUGGAGAUCGUCAUCUCGACAUGCCAGGCCAGCCCAAGGGAUUCCGACGGAGACACAAUUCCUGGUCGUCAAGUAGUCGAGGAGUAAACCAAGUCACACCUAAGAAGAACGGACUGAAGAACGGAGGCGGCGGGGGUCCGAUGAAGCAAAGGGACGACGAGUGUUUCGGAGACGGCAUGGAAGAGAGGUUGGACACGGACUUUGACUUUGAGGGGAACUUGGCGCUGUUCGACAAAGCGGCCGUGUUCUCACAAAUAGACACGUCGGAGAGGCGGGGCAAUGGAACGCGGUCGCGAGGCACCCCAGGGGAGCAGACUCCCUCUCGGUAUCGCCACGACGAAAACAUCCUGGAGGCCAAACCCAUUGUUUACAGGCAGAUUGACGUCCCCCAGCCCGGGGCCAAAGAGUACUGCACCGACUCGGGGCUGGUGGUGCCAAGUGUAUCUUACGAGCUGCACAAGCGUCUGCUGUCGGUAGCUGAGCGACAUGGUCUCUCCCUGGAGCGGAGACUGGAGAUGACUGGUGUGUGUACCAGCCAAAUGGCGCUAACAUUGCUGGGAGGCCCCAACAGACUAACCCCCAAGAAUGUGCACCAGCGGCCCACUGUGGCCCUGCUGAGUGGCCCUCAUGUGCAAGGAGCCCAGGGCAUCAGCUGUGGCCGUCACCUGGCCAACCAUGAGGUGGAGGUCAUCCUCUUUCUGCCCAACUUUGUCAAGAUGCUGGACUCUGUUACCAGCGAGCUCACGCUCUUUAGCAAAACGGAGGGCAAGCAGGUGUCCAGUAUCAAAGACCUACCAGACAGCCCAGUUGACCUCAUCAUCAACUGCCUGGACUGUCACGAGAACACAUUCCUAAUGGACCAGCCGUGGUACAGGGCUGCUGCAGAUUGGGCCAACCAGAACCGAGCCCCGGUGCUCAGCAUAGACCCUCCAGUCAGUGGGCAGGGCCAGGCUGUGGAGGCCAAGUGGUCCCUCUCCCUGGGCCUUCCCCUCCCCCUGGCCGAGGGGGCGGGCAGGGUUUACCUCUGUGACAUCGGUGUCCCUCGCCAGGUGUUUCAGGAAGUAGGGAUCAAGUACCACUCUCCGUUCGGGUGCAAGUUUGUCAUUCCAUUACACUCAGCAUAACUGGACUGCUGGAACAACACAGACUAACACGUUGACCCUUCCUGACCAAUUGGGUUCUGGGGAUUUUUUUUAAUACACAGAACAAGCCUUCAAUUCCGGUAUAUUAUUGUGUUUUGAUCGUUCAUGUUUAGGUAUUCUGAGGGCAGCUGUGGGGGGAAACUGGAAAUGUGUUACAAAGAGUGUUACAGAUGGGAUACAACACUUUUUGGUUCAGAUCGGAUGAGAGCAUUGAGUUUGUAUCAUCCAGGACUCAUUGAUGAGAGCUUUGAGUUUGUAUCAUCCAAGACUCAUUGGAUGAGAGCAUUGAGUUUGUAUCAUCCAAGAUCAAAUAUAUAUUUUUCCUUACAUUUCUUUUCAUUUGAGUCUGCUCAGCAUGUAAACAGUUGAGGAUGUUUUCAUUGUGCCAGAUUCUUUUAGUGGCACGGGUAGGUAAGGUUUUUUUCCUUAAAAUAACUACUUUUAAUUGAGCUGUGACUGAGCCUGCCGCUUGAGGUGUGACUUGAGAGAUUUCAAGAGUUUGUUCAGACAGUACAGGAUAUGUGGUGAUCCAUUGAUGGGCCUUUUGCAAACACAAUCAUCCUGCAGAAAUGUAAUGGCGAGAUAUGUAAAUUGGUGUAAAUUAAAUUACACCUGUAUUGAAGGCUGAUAUAUAUCUAUAUUAAAUAGAUAUAUAUUAAAUAAACUAUUUUAUCAAUGGAACUAUGAAUGUAGUAUGUGUUUAAAGAUGAACAAUCCGAUUUUUAAAUUUUGUAUUGGUCCUUUCAAUUUACUAGUUUUUAGUCUUAGACUAAGUCUCGUCUUUGAUCUCAGUCAGAGGAACAACCUUUGAAGUUAUGAGAGCACCACUGCAGCACAGAAGGAGGUCAUGUGAGCAGACUGUUUCCUCGUUGGCAAAGCCAGUUAGUUUGCCUUAUUUGUGUAACAUAUUGAGAGCGUUGUGCAUAUUAAUGCACAGUUGAUUUCUUACCAAAAUACGGACUUGUUCAUUCCUUACAUUGGAGAAUAUUGCCUUCUCUGUGUGAAGGGCUUAAAUUUUUUGUGUGAAUUUAUUUGAUUCUAGAGAACAGACAAAUCUUAGGACCCUCUGAUUCUUCCACACAAGGACUGUAGGGUACAUUCUUGUAUUUGCUUGCUUGAAUUGUAAAUCCCCGAAUGGGCACGGUUCUUGUCUGUAACAUGCAUUCAUCUACAUUUGGCCUAACUCAAAUUGAGAAUGUGUGGUGCGAAUCUUAACAUGUAUCAUCUUUCUUUGUUGGUGAUACGUUACUGAUAGUAUUUUCUGAAAAUUUCAGGCUGAAGUAUAUUUUUUUAGUCUUUUGAAAUGUUUAAAUUUAAGUACUAAAAUGCUGCUCAAUUCUGCAGACAAUUUGUUAAUUGCAUAGCAUUAUUGAGGCAUUACACUAUUAAUAGUGCUACCUGUCAUUAUCCUUUUUGUUUAACAGAUGAUUGUUGUAGUUACAAUGUUAUUUGGUUACAUGACCGGUUGAUAUAUACCACUGGAUAUUGGCAGACAUGUCUGAUACGUUAAACAUUUUUAUUUUCAAGGAUUCAUUUUUGACACAUUUUGAAGAAUUUGCUAUCUGUUUUACAUGUAUUCUGAAUAAUACAUGAGGCAAAGGAAAAAAUGAUAAUCUUACAUUAAUGUCAAAAAUCUAAUAAUUCUAAAUAAUUUUACAGAUUAAUUUGAAUUAUACGAUUAGGCCAUAGUAAUCUGUUAUAGGAUCAGAAUUCAAAUGAUCUUACUCAGUUUAAUUGAGCUAUUGUUAAAGUAUGGCAGAGUUUGAAAGGUAGACAAGUCUUCAUCUGUGUUCCCUCCUACCUUAUACAGACAUUAACAAAGACAGAAUUCACAUGUUCAGACAGCCAUCAUUGAAACAAAGUUAUUCGAUGCGAGAAUUCCAUAAAAAAUAUAUUGUUUCUUUGUAUGUGCCUGUAAGCAAGAUUCUCUGUGUCUGCAAGCAGGAACUUGAUUGGAAGCUGUUGAAUAAUGUUGCUGCCUGGUUUCCAAAUAGAUAUUAAGUGUGUCUGUGAAGGGACAUUUUCAUAUCUGCUGGGUGCUUACAAGGUAUUGUGCCCCAGUAGAGGACAGUGAAGCUAGAUGUUUCAUUGAGUAUUAACUAUUAUGUACCUGGAGUAUAUUUUUUUAUUUUUUCAUCAUGAUUCAAUUUAGUUUCAUUUGCCUUGUCUCACGUUUUCUUAAUGGCAGUGAUCACCUUGUUGUGUGUUUUGGAUUAAUGUACUAAUGUGAACAUUAUAUCCUGGGUGUUGCAGCACUGUGUCCAUGGACUCCAUGAAGCCCUGUCUGAAACAAUUCAUUGGUGGAAUGUUUUUACACGUUACUGACGUCACAGUCAUUUUUGAUGUCAAAUGUGUACGUGUGUGUUGGAGGGGGUGGGGUGUUGGCAAGAAACUUCCCUUAUUUAACAAAAGAGACACCAUUUAAAAACAUAGAUAGCUUCUAAAAUACUUUAACCACAGGGGGGCAACAAAAUCCCACCGUUGAAUUUUCUUUAGUAAAUAGACAAAAGCGAGUGGCCUUACAUUGGAAAUUCUUAACUUCUUAAGCAUCACUUAAAUUCUUUAAACAGUAAGGAGCUAUGAGUUCAGUCUGGUGUUAAUCCACACAUUUGUUACAAUUAAACUCCUAGCCAUACAUCCUGGUAAAUCAUUUAGAAUUGGAUGGAGGUUUGCUACUAAUCCUUUUGGAUUUAUGUGAUUGCUUGUCGAAAAGGUUUGGUUCGGAAUUCACCAAAACAACUGAAUUUAUGUAAUAGCCUACCUUUUAUUGUUCAUUUGACAUUUAACAUUGGCUAUUACAGAACUAGUCCAAGGGACCAUGAGUAAAGAAAGUCAACUUACAAAGUACCACCAUGCGUAGGUGGGUCUUAAGUUGUUGUUGUCGACAGACAUUAACCCACGUGUUGAUCUAAGUAAGACAUUUGUAAACUGCUGUUUCUAUCCACAUGUUGCGUUAUUGUUCAAAUUUGGUAAAAAAAUAAACACGUUG